AUGAACAUGACGAUAACCGUUGAGCCUUUCAAUCGGCUUGUAAAGCUAGCGGCCCGUGCAUUUUAUGAUGAUGUAUCAACAAAAGGAGAAAGUCAGUCCAAAAACAAUGCUCGCGGCGAUAACAAAGGCAUUGCUGUCGUCGUUCUUGAUACCCUUACCAGACGAACAUGGGUUAACGAAGAAGUUUUGGCCAAAGAUUUGAAAAUACAUACUAAGCAACUUCGUCGGAUUCUCCGCCUCUUUGAGGAAGAAAAACUCCUCAACCGUGCUCACAGGAAAGAGACAGCAAAGAGUACAAAGAAACCUAAUGCUGCUGCUGAUGGUCAACAACGGUUUGCUAGAGAGGAUGAUAAAAAAAUAAGCUCCACACUCACUCUUAUUGUUGUCUAG